AUGCAUGGCUCUUUCGGCAAAGAGUCGCAAACGAUGCCCUCCGAACACCUGGUCGAAUUCGGAUGCUAUAUAGACCUUGCCGUAGCAUGGGAGCACUGCUGCGGUCGACUUACUAAUCUUCCCUACUCGUGGGACGGUGUCGGAUACCCAGUUCUGGUCGGAAACGAAGGUGGUAAAGCAGGCCUCGACCGAUCAUCAACCAGCGACUGCGGAAGGACUUCAGCGGGCAACCAGGUUGAAGCCCUUUUAGAUGCUACUGGAACCGAAAAUGUGAAUGUUGAAAGCGAAGAUAUAUCGACAUCCACUUCGGAAUCAAUGAUAUUUACCCCGAAAUCUAGCUUGAGUAGAUCCCCUAUAGGCAGACUAAGAACAAAUUCGAAAGGUGGUGCUGAACAAAAAACUGACACCACGAACUGGGAAAUUGAUAAAGUGGAGGGAGAUACCAGAGCAUGGACGCAAGUAAGCAAGCGCAAGAGAGGAAACCUGUCACCGGAUUUCACGAGCGACGAAAUGUUAACGGAGGGAAAUGCCUUCAGGAAGACUCUGGGUUUGAUGCUGAAACAAGUUAAACUACUGGACAAAUUAGUGGACGACUGCUACAAGCCAAAAAAGGAGCUAACAGAGAUCAGUAAUAAACUGAAGUUUUACGCGGAAAAGAUGCAGAAAGAAGGUCAAAAGAGAUGGUUAGACAAAGCUGUUGGCGGUCAAGAUCUAGAGCAGGUAUUACGAUCAGAAAACCAAGAACUGCGCAAACAAGUAGAGAACCUCUGGACAGACGAUCUGAAUAAAGAACACCGAAUCGAGACAACUUCGAUGGGAACGCAGGCGGAUCCAGGAGACAUUGAUAAGGAAUUGGAGAACAUGAACAAUAAGAUAAAUGAAAAAAUUAUGACAAUACUGGAUGCGGAUAAGGAUCUCGAUCGCUUGAAGGAAAUCAUCGACGAAAACUGGCCAGACGAUAGUUUCAAAGCAACGAGAAGAGAAAUACUCAGAUCUUACAACGUGGAACUAGAGGAAGACUCAGUAGUAGUCGUGGACUCGAAUGUUAGAGGGGAUGAAGGUUCUGUGGAAAUACUGAAAAAUCAUUUUCCAUAUAUAGUCCCGAUCAUACAGGAGGGUUUUCAGGAAGAAAGCAUGGAAUACGUGAGAUUUCAGAUUGAAAUGAGGACUAGCCGGACCAAAGAUGAGCAGCCACAGCGAAACAAUACCACCUAUAUUUUACCCAUAGAAAGUGAUGUUGAGGACGUGGUGCCCAUAUAUAAGCUAUGCACACAGCUUAGAGACGAAGCGCAAAAACAACAGAAGAAAGAGCUGAAAGUUUUCACUAUUGGAAAACUGACACUGACUUACCUUAGGAAAUGUCUGGAGUAUAUCUUCCGAGACUAUGAUAUAAAACUAACGAUAUAUAUGGAGGGCCAAGUCAAUGCACCCAGAAGAAAAUCGGGAAUAGAGAGUCGAAAACGAACGAAGCCUAUAGUAGAGAGGGAAAAAAUAAUAGUGAAGGCACCAGAAGGAAAGAGCUAUGCAGAACUUCUAAGAAUGGUGAAGAACUCGGUGUUUGAUGAACCAAUUUUCGAUCAUUCACUAAUUAGCCUACAUGAGCAUACAUACAAACCAUAUGGUUCACCAUCAUUCAAGAAUUCUGAUGAAAUCAGGAUAGCUGUCAACUUUCAAGAUUUGAUACUCGAUAUUUCUGAUAGCUACAUAUAUAUUGAGGGGAAAUUCACACCAGAUGAUGCAACGAAAUCCUGCUAUCUAUCUAACAAUACCUUAGCCUUCCUCUUCGAUGAAAUUCGUUAUGAAAUGGGUGGCGAACAAGUAUGUAUGAUUCGAAAACCAGGCAUUACUACCACAAUGAAGAGCAUGAUCUCUUAUGGAGAUUCUAACGCUAAAUUUCUUGAAACAGUCGGAUGGGGAAUUGAUAGCGAAAAUCAGCCAAUUCUAGACAAAUCUAGUCACAUAUUCAGUGGAAAACUACCGCUAAAAUAUUUAAUGGGGUUCGCUGAGGAUUAUAAUAAAGGUAUAUUGAAUGUGAAACAGGAGCUGAUACUCAUCAUAGCUCGAUCAUUCAAAAACUGCUAUAUAGGAGAAGUUGAUGCCAGUGUGGAGAUUAACAAAAUCGAAUGGAAGAUAGGACAUAUUAUGCCAUCGGAUAAGCAGAGGUUGAAAUUACUGAACCGUCUCAAUAAAAGUUCUACAGCAAAAGUGAAAAUUGCAUACAGGAUGUGGGAUCUGUAUGAAUUACCGUCAAUUCGUGAAACAUCUUCAGACAUUUGGGCUGUUAAAACCACCAAUAGUCUCGAGCGACCAAGGUACAUUAUCAUAGGCUUCCAAAAUUCUGGUAACACAGAUAAUAGAUCCAAGGAUACCACCCAAUUCAUUCAUGCGGGAGUCAACAAUAUUCGACUGUAUUUGAAUUCGGAAGUUUACCCUUAUGAACGGUGGAAUUUGGAUUUUGGAAAAAAGUUAGAUGCUGUAGCCUAUUAUGCAUACGAUAAUUUCCAACGAAGCUAUUAUGGUAAAGACAUGAGCGAACCAAUGAUGAGUAUUGAGGAGUUUAGAAAAAAUCCGUUAUUCAUCAUAGACUGCAGCCAUCAACCGGACACAUUGAAAUCUUCAACUGUCGAUAUCAAGUUGGAGUUUGAGACACGCCAAUCGAAAUUUCCAUCUAAUACCAAGGCAUCAAAGGCGGAUGAAGGAUCUUUCAAGAUGCAUACGAAGGAAGAAUACCAACAAGUAUUCGGGCGCAGGGACUCACUGAAGCGCUCCCCCAUCGGGAAGAAACGAACGGAUGAAAGGCAUGAACAGGAAGUAAAGGGAUGGGAAGACGAAAAUUUGUUCUCUUGCUUUGCAGAAAAUAUCUUUGAAAAAGAAGAUCAUUUUGUGGAAGACGCAUCAAAAGACCUAGGCUCACAAAUCAGAGCAUCAGAAACUGAAAGGUUGAAAAGAAAAAGGAUAGAAGGUACUCCAGAUAAGAAACGAGCAGAUGAGAAGGGGUUCAUAGAGAUUAAAAAAGAAACCGAGAAAAUGAACCUGAAGUUCGGUAAACUCAAUAAAAUAGUCUCAGAAAGCACAAAUAUCAAAAAAGAGAUCAAAACAAUAUGUUGUCAGCUAGAAUUGAUACUUGAUACACUGAAUAAGAAAGUAGAAGAAUAUGGAGAAGAGGACUGGGAUGAUCAAGAAACAAAACAACACAUAUCACAGAAAAAAUAUAAAGAUAGUGAAACACAAACAUGCGUUCCAGCUACAAGAGAAAUAUCAUGAUUGGUUAAUCCUGAGGCAUCAAAGGCGGAUGAAGGAUCUUUCAAGAUGCAUACGAAGGAAGAAUACCAACAAGUAUUCGGGCGCAGGGACUCACUGAAGCGCUCCCCCAUCGGGAAGAAACGAACGGAUGAAAGGCAUGAACAGGAAGUAAAGGGAUGGGAAGAUGAAAAUUUGUUCUCUUGCUUGGCAGAAAAUAUCUUUGAAAAAGAAGAUCAUUUUGUGGAAGACGCAUCAAAAGACCUAGGCUCACAAAUCAGAGCAUCAGAAACUAAAAGGUUGAAGAGAAAAAGGAUAGAUGGUACUCCAGAUAAGAAACGAGCAGAUGAGAAGGGGUUCAUAGAGAUUAAAAAAGAAACCGAGAAAAUGAACCUGAAGUUCGGUAAACUCAAUAAAAUAGUCUCAGAAAGCACAAAUAUCAAAAAAGAGAUCAAAACAAUAUGUUGUCAGCUAGAAUUGAUACUUGAUACACUGAAUAAGAAAGUAGAAGAAUAUGGAGAAGAGGACUGGGAUGAUCAAGAAACAAAACAACACAUAUCACAGAAAAAAUAUAAAGAUAGUGAAACACAAACAUGCGUUCCAGCUACAAGAGAAAUAUCAUACCAACUCUUGCUUUUUUCCGAUCCCGACGCUAUUAGGUCUCGAGGGCUAGGGGUCUCUCAGUUUCCUUCUUUAGUCCUCUUCUUCAAUGGAACCCAAGGUGUUAAACGAACCGUGCUGAGGGGUGAAUGGCUACACAUCAGAUAG